GUCGCCUCAUGUCUCCCGUGUGUUUGUUUUGGUUGUUAUCAAUGAGAAUCAAUAUUCAAUUGAAAGUUUCGGAAUUUCAGUCUUGAUCAAGAUUUUAGAGUUUCCAAUCCUAUUCAGUAAUUUCGUUUCUCAGUUAGUGCAGCUGCUCUGGCGUGAUUUCAGGAAAAAAAAGCUCCUUCGAUUGCCUAACCAUAAUCAUUGCAAGUGUUAUGUGCGAUGAUUUGCUGAAAUCAAAGCAUGGGUAGUGUAUCGACUUAGGCGAAAGAACAUUUUUCACUAAUUCUAUCGUCUAGUACUUACAAGGUCAGUUGAACCUCUCCAGUUUCCAGUGCGCAUGGUCUCUUGUGACAGACAUAUAUAAAACCCCCGUCAGUUGCUGAUCACCUAAAUACUAUCUGCGGUCGAUAAACUACUACAUAGCGGCUCGGUUCCAAUUCCAAAUUUUUGACUUGGACACUGCCGCACUGAGGACUGAGGUUGUCGUCCGAUUAUCCGCAAAUUCACUACUGUCCGGACUUUUCCACACACACAAAAAGCAUCCACUAAAAACCCCUGAACAGAUCUGAGAGCACUCAUCAUGUCGUCCGUCAAAGUAGCCGUAAGGGUUCGUCCCUUCAACAAUCGAGAGAUAGUCCGAGAAAGUAAAUGCAUAAUCGAGAUGGCUGGAUUUACCACUUCAAUUGCCAAUCCCAAGAUGCCUCCAAAUUCUAAAGAAUCUGUUAAAAGCUUCAACUAUGAUUAUUCGUACUGGUCUCACAAUCCUGAUGAUCCUAAUUUUUCAUCUCAAAUCAUGGUCUAUAAAGAUAUUGGGGAGGAGAUGUUGGAACAUGCAUUUGAAGGCUACAAUGUAUGCAUUUUUGCAUAUGGUCAAACUGGUGCGGGCAAAUCUUAUACUAUGAUGGGCAGACAAGAUGUAGAGGGUGAAGAAGGAAUAAUACCUCUAAUUUGUUCAGAUUUAUUCCAAAGGAUUCGAAGUACUACUUGUGAUGAAUUAGCUUAUUCUGUAGAGGUUAGUUACAUGGAAAUUUAUUGUGAAAGAGUUCGUGAUCUGUUAAAUCCAAAAAAUAAAGGAAAUCUGCGUGUUAGAGAACACCCUCUUUUGGGUCCCUAUGUUGAAGAUUUGUCCAAAUUAGCUGUUACGUCCUAUCAAGACAUUCAUAAUCUAAUCGAUGAAGGCAACAAAGCAAGGACGGUAGCUGCCACUAAUAUGAAUGAAACCUCUAGUCGAUCUCAUGCUGUCUUCACAAUAUUUUUCACGCAAAGGCGGUUUGAUGAAAUGACGUCUCUAAGCACUGAAAAAGUCAGUAAAAUUUCUCUAGUCGAUUUAGCAGGUUCAGAAAGAGCAGAUUCAACUGGUGCUAAAGGAACCCGUUUAAAAGAGGGCGCCAACAUUAAUAAGAGUCUUACAACUUUAGGGAAGGUCAUAUCAGCUCUAGCAGAAAUUUCUGUUACCAAAAAGAAAAAGAAAGCUGAUUUCAUCCCAUAUCGAGACUCAGUUUUAACAUGGUUACUCAGAGAAAAUUUGGGUGGCAAUUCAAAAACAGCCAUGAUUGCAGCUAUUAGUCCAGCCGACAUUAAUUAUGAUGAAACGCUGUCAACACUCAGGUACGCUGAUAGAGCCAAACAGAUAGUGUGCAAAGCUAUUGUCAAUGAAGACGCUAAUGCUAAACUGAUUAGAGAAUUGAAAGAGGAAAUUCAACGAUUGCGAGAGUUACUCAAAGCUGAAGGAAUAGAAAUACAUGAAGGUGAUGAUGGUAUGAAACUCAUGAAAUCUGAGGAUGAAGAUGGCCUGGGUCGCAAAAUCUCGCCGUCAAUUGCCGAGCAAGCAGUUGACCAACUACAAGCCAGUGAAAAGCUCAUUGCAGAACUAAAUGAGACCUGGGAAGAAAAACUGAAAAGAACGGAAGAGAUUCGACUUCAGCGAGAGGCUGUUUUUGCCGAAAUGGGUGUUGCAGUCAAAGAAGAUGGCGAUACUGUUGGCGUGUUUUCCCCAAAGAAGACUCCGCAUCUAGUCAACCUGAAUGAAGAUCCUUUCAUGUCAGAAUGUUUGAUUUACUACAUCAAAGAUGGUGAGACAAGAGUAGGCGCUGGAAAUCAAAAUGAAAUUCAACUCAGUGGAUCUCACAUUCUUUUAGAGCAUUGUACCUUUUUGAACAAGGAUGGCACUGUGACGUUAUCUCCAAAUCCCAAUAGUUUAUGCUAUGUCAAUGGUCGGCAAAUUAACGCGCCGAUCGUCCUGAAAACAGGCUCCAGAGUGAUCUUGGGCAAAAACCAUGUGUUCCGAUUCAACCACCCUGAUCAAGUACGAGAAAGACGUGAAAAUAAGAAAAAUCUGCAAGAAAUCAAUGAAAAUGAAAAUAAUUUGAACGUAAUUUCUGAGAAUGAGAAGAAACUAUCACCGGCAGAGACGCCCAACAACGGGGAAACUGUUGAUUGGAAUUUUGCUCAAAGCGAAUUAUUAAAAAAUCAAGGCAUCGACCUACGGGCAGAAAUGCAACAGCGACUGAACGCUCUGGAGGAACAGUUUAGGAAGGAAAAGCAAACGGCAGAUCAAAUGUUCGAGGAACAAAGAAAAACGUAUGAAGCUCGAAUUGAUGCACUUCAGAAGCAGGUGGAAGAACAAAGCAUGACAAUGUCGAUGUACAGUUCCUAUACUCAAGAAGACCUCACGCAUGAUGAUGACAUAUUCUUGAACCCUCUUUUUGAUGCUGAAUGCACCUGGAACGAGAAUGAGUAUCAGCUUGCAGCUUGGGCGUUUCGCAAGUGGAAAUAUCAUCAGUUCACAUCACUGCGUGACGAUCUAUGGGGAAAUGCAAUAUUUUUGAAGGAAGCAAAUGCAAUAUCAGUCGAGUUAAAGAAGAAGGUUCAGUUCCAAUUCACACUGCUCACCGACACUCUGUACUCUCCACUACCAUCAGACCUUAUUUCUACUCAAGAUGUCGAUGAUGAUGAGAGACCAUUUCCCAGAACUGUUGUCGCUGUAGAAGUUUCGGAUUUGAAAAAUGGAGCUACGCACUACUGGUCUUUGGAAAAAUUAAGACAUCGUUUGGAACUGAUGCGUGUUAUUUACAAUUCUGAGCUUGAGUCGCCUAGUUCAAGUAAGGAGGACAUUUUCCGAUGUCUUAGUGCUUGCACCCCUCAUACCGGUUUUACAUUUUCUCUGGAUACCCUAAUUCCAUCGAGGCAAAGGCUGGAAUUAAUGAGGGAAAUGUACCACAAUGAAGCAGAAAUGUCUCCAACGUCUCCUGAUUUUAACAUUGAAUCUCUUACCGGUGGCGAUCCAUUCUAUGAUCGUUUUCCCUGGUUCCGCAUGGUUGGAAGAGCGUUUGUGUAUCUGAGCAACUUAUUUUAUCCAGUUCCACUUAUUCACAAAGUAGCUAUCGUCAAUGAGAAAGGAGAUGUCAAAGGUUAUUUGCGGGUAGCAGUGCAAUCCGUCUCAGAUGAUGACAAUGGAGAUCAUUUAAGCGGUGUUAGGCAGUCAGCAAAAAUAAAUUUCGAUGAUAACCGGUUGCUUGUCGAUGACAAAAAGAAGAGCAGCAUGGUGCAAGAACGAGUUGUCGAAGGUCAAGCGGGGGAUAAACACACGGAUAAAAUUGAAGAUGUCGAGUGUGAUACGGAUAGUGGGCGUGGAGACAGUUCAGCUGAAGAAGAACCACCAGCCCAUCUCACCCCUCAAACUGAAUUUACAUUCCGCGUUACUAUUCUACAAGCUAUCGACAUACCCUCCGAGUACACGGAUAUUUUCUGUCAGUUUAACUUCCUUCAUCGAUAUGAUGAAGCCUUUUCCACAGAGCCAGUCAAAAAUACAGGCAAAGGAACUCCUCUAGGCUUUUAUCACAUUCAAAAUAUUACAGUCACCGUGAGCAAAGCUUUCAUUGAAUACAUUAAAACUCAACCAAUUGUUUUUGAGGUUUUCGGUCACUAUCAAGCACAUCCUCUACAUAAUGUUGCUAAGCAAGAAAGUGGACAAUACGUUCGACAACCUCCUAAGCGAAUGCUUCCUCCUUCAAUACCAAUCAGUCAGCCUGUGCGGUCUUCUAAAUUUGGUGCUUUGCCCUCCCUUUGCACAUCUCACGUUCAUGCAAAAUAUGAUGUCCUAGUAUGGUUCGAAAUAUGUGAAUUAGCUCCCAAUGGCGAAUAUGUGCCUGUUGUUGUUGAUCACAGUGAUGAACUUCCUUGCCGUGGGCUGUUCCUGCUACAUCAAGGAAUUCAAAGAAGGAUAAGAGUAACUGUUGUGCAUGAUCAAGCUCCUGAAUUACGAUGGAAAGAUGUCCGAGAACUGGUUGUUGGUCGCAUUCGGAACACACCUGAACCAGAAGAUGAAGACAAUGAGAGUUGCGUUUUAUCACUUGGAUUAUUCCCUGGAGAGUAUCUUGAAGUGCCCGGAGAUGACCGUGUUAUGUUUAGGUUUGAAGCAGCAUGGGACAGUUCGUUACACGAGUCACCCUUACUCAACCGUAUUUCAACUUAUGGUGAAAAUAUCUACAUGACAAUAUCUGCAUACUUAGAGCUGGAAAAUUGUGGAAGGCCUGCAAUCAUUACCAAAGAUUUGAGCAUGGUUAUUUAUGGACGAGAUGCCAGAACAGCACCACGGUCUUUGCGCCACUUGUUCACUGGAAUUUACCGGAAUCCAGAGGCAAACCGCUUGUCCGGAGUUUACGAACUCAUUCUGAAAAGAGCUUCUGAAGCAGGUAGCCCAGGAGUGCAAAGGAGACAGCGAAGAGUUUUAGACACGAGUACUACCUAUGUUCGUGGAGAAGAAAACCUUGAUGGUUGGAGGCCCCGCGGUGACAGCUUAAUCUUCGACCACCAGUGGGAAUUAGAAAAGUUAACUCGGCUAGAAGAAGUAGGUAGAACAAGACACAUGUUACUGCUGCGAGAAAGGUUAGGAGUGGACAAAGCACCGAUCACAAAAUCAGAAAAGGAAGUUUGCAAUAUGGUGGCUAAAGCAAGUAGUUGCAGCAGUCCUGUAAAAAAUAGGUCCGGCAAAGAUGUGUACGCUCCUUGGGAGAUGACAGAACAUGAGAAAGAACUGACCACUAAAUGUAUUCAACUUAUCCAGGGUCACAUUCCAUCUAGAGAUAUCCACAAACCUGUAGACUUAGAUAUUUCCAGACGAGAUGAACUAAUGAAUAUAAGUACAGCUCAUAUUCCCAAUUCAAUGUCUGGCCCUUUCCAAGAACUUAGAUCUCCUGAACAAGCUAUGCUGAACAGUCUCUGUAAACCUUGUGAAAUUAGUUCUCCAUGUGAGCAGCACCAGUCGCAGCCUCCUCUAGUUUUAUAUGUACCAGAAUUGGAAGAAAUACGAAUUACUCCAAUAAUUGCUCGAAAGGGCUACCUAAAUAUUUUAGAGCAUAGAACUAAUGGAUGGAAAAAACGAUGGGUGACCGUCCGCAGACCGUAUGUUUUCAUUUUCCGAGACGAACGAGACCCUGUUGAAAGAGCCCUAAUCAACCUAGCCACUGCUCAAGUAGAAUAUUCAGAAGAUCAGCAAACAUCAGUCAAAGUACCUAAUACUUUCAGUGUUCUUGCAAAACAAAGAGGUUAUCUGAUGCAGACACUGAGUGACAAAGAAGUCCACGAAUGGUUGUACGCUAUCAAUCCUCUUUUAGCUGGACAGAUCAGGUCGAAAUCCACCCGCCGAUCCGUCAGCAUAGAUCCUGAAAAACCAGCCUCGUCCAACUGAAACUCGAACUGGAGCUACUUACAGAAUAUGUGCAGCAUAGAGAAUGUAUACAAGCACUACACAAAAUGGAAAUCCUCCUUAAGCUGAACUUUGUACGAUUUCACUUGUGAACAAUUAGUGCUUGAGCCCAAGGUGUCCCAGAUUUUUUUCUAUGGUCCUUACCAGUGUUUCACUUCAUAAAUGACCAUGAAGGCUCAUCACAGCUCAUCUUUUAUCAUAAAUAUUAAAUGGAUCAAGGAGCUUUCAUGAAGUAUUGUAAUAGCAAGGCCUCAAAAUUGUUGCGUCAACUUGCUCUCUGCUACCCGAACUGCUGAUCAUAUUUGAACAAAACUGAUGCUCCAUGUUGGGAUUUAUCGACCGCAUAUAGUCAAAUCCUUGCAUAUAUUUUCUGGUGUAUAGUUAUUCAAAAUUAACUCAAUUUAAGGGUCUACUAAUGAUCUAGUGUUGUAAUAUUUGGUAGAAGUGCACUUGAUGUAUUGCAUUGCUGCGGUUUCCAAUGCAUGUUUUCGUAAACACAAGAGGAAAGUGCUUUUAUGUUGCAGGAGGAAUAAUAUGUGUGAGGUCUCAGAGUUAAAUGUGUCGAAAGGAUUUUAAAUUUUGGAAAAAACUGGGAUGAUAUGUUACAAGUAUUUUAUUAGGUUAAUAGUAAGUCCAACUAUUGUUAAUAAAAGAAGUAAGCUUGAGGUGCUGUCUUUCAGUAUUUUAUUAGGAACAUGAAAAUAUAUUACGCGGGGCAGUGCAGUUGAAAUCACAUCUAGAAAAAAAGAGUGAAACUCUUAUUUAGUAUACUUUUUUUUAGGAAAUUUAAAGAUCUGAUAGGACAGUAAUAUUUUUUAAGCAAUUAGUAGAAUCAUUCCAUUUUUUAUGCUUUUUACUGCAUCUUUUGCAAUUGUGCGUUGCUUGUUUUGUUAAAAAAAUUUUAGCUCUUUGCCGGGACGAUUAGGAUAGACGGAUCACUUGCGUACUGUUUUUUCUUUGUGUCCAUUCUGUAGAGUCUGUUGACGUUGGCAGUAUGCAUUAAAAUGAAUGGUGAAAAGAAAGCAAAGUUCACGAUUGAGUUGUUGAGACAUCGUUUUGGUGAUUUCCCUAAAGGUGCGUGUACAUUCGGUCUUAACUGAUGUCUCAUUAUAGAAAGAAAAAGAUUGAGAUUCUAUAAGUGGAUCUUGUAAAUGUUAACAAAUUAUAAUAUUUAUCAAGAUACUUGAUCUAUUCAUUAUUGUUUUAAAUGAUAAAAAUUCUCCUACAAUGUUAAAUUUUCUCUCAAGAGAGUUUUGUGUCUAAAAAACGCAUCUGCAGUCGCCUUCCUGAUUUGUCGUAAGUAGUGUUGCACCAAACAGCAUAACUCUCUUGAAAGAAAAUUUGGGCUGUAAUAAACCUUUUCUCUCUAUUAUGAGGCAUCAGUUUAGACUGAAUUUAAACGCUGUCGGUGAAAUCACCAACAAUCUGUCUGAACCUCUUCAUCUGAGCUCGAUUAAAAUUCAACAUAUUCUAUUAUGUGAUAACACUAUGUCUCUCAAUGAGUUUUUUGCCAGAAUUCCUGUGAUAAGGAAUUUUUUUUCUCGUUCAUCUCCCUUUGAGUGAGAAUUUUAAAAAGUUACGCAACCAGAUGAAGCGUAGACACUUUUGAAGAAUUUUCUUAAAUUCUAGAAUAUUUCCUGCCAUUGGUGGAAUUGUACUAUUAGUGCUUUGACUCUCAGUGUUUGCGGGCUGAGCAUUUAAAAUUAUUCUGUGUAUUUUAUUUUUUUGUUGAUUUUCUAUGGGAGCAGAUGCAAUAUAUGAAAACUCCUUUUAAAUUUGAAAAAAAUAGAAAUUCUCUUCUUUGUCGUCUAGUAUUAGAUAUAAUCUAUCAAGAAAUCUGAAUGGUUAAUUAUGAAGAAUUUAGCUUUAAAAUUCAAUGUUGAGUAACAACAAAGGCUCUAUUUUACUGUUGUGAGUACCAUGGAAUUCCCCUAUACAAGAUUUGAAUAAAAAUGCAACCAAGUCUUGCUUACAUUGUGCCAAUUUUAAUUAAGCUUAAGUUGAUCAGAUCAAAACCUCAAUUAAUUUGAAAUGUCCAACUCUAAGCAUUGAAGUAAGAUUGCCAGCGUAUCAAUAAAGAGUUAAUUUAAAGGCUGAAACGCGAUGAAUCAAUUGGAGUAAUUUGAUGACCCAGUUAGUGGAAUUUGAGAUCAAUAGAAAAACUCACUAAAAUUUUCUCCUUAAAAAAAUUACUGAAACGGUCUUUUCAGUAGCUCAAUUCAGUUAUAAUUAAAAUUUUGUGAAACUAUUGGUUGUAUUUGACAAAUGUGCCCGCCAAAUCAAUGAGGUUUCUUAACGUCGAGUCAAUUUGCCAAAAAAAAUUGUUUUCUUUUUGUCAGUGACUUUUUUGAUCUAGGUUAAGGUAGUUUUGAAAACCAUGAUUCCGUUUUUGAUUUCCUUGUUUAUUAAAUGGAGCCAACAUCAAAUUUUGAUGUAAAUAUGAAACGUAGUGUUUUUAUACGCUAAACGGACACCUGUUAUUAAAGCAUACAUUUCUUCCGUAGUUGUGAUGACCCAUCAUUGCCACAGGUAUUUGCUGGUUUUCUAAAUUUUCUGCUUGAAAGAAUUUGUUUUUGAGAAGUCUGUGGAAAAGCAAGCAAGUUAAGCAUCCAAUGUUUUUUUACUCACUUAUUUGCAUACAUGUCGAAUCAUUGAUUUUUAUUCAAGUGCAUUAAUUUUUCAGGCUUACCCCUUGCUGUAAUUUUAUUUGUCUCUCUGUAUCUGGCUCUUUAGUCAAAUUUGUUUCUCAACACUCCUUUAUUAUUCCUCUCUCUGAAAAAAAUUUAAAAUAAAUUGCAAAAGUUGAAGUUAACUUAAGCUCAGGUCACACAAUCAAACUGAGCCUAUCAGUCUACCAAGGUCAGAUUUCCAGGGCUUUAAUUGGUUCUGACUGUAGGCACUAAAAGCCUGGGUUUAAAGCCCAGGCUCUUCCCAACCAAUGUGAACAUGAUGCCUAGUCAAAUUGAAGCGACCUGCGUUAAUUGAAUGGAGUUGGUUGAACUGAUGAGCUUAGUUUGAUGGUGCAACCCAGGCUUUAGAAACUACGAUUAGCUUUAAUAUUGUGCUGCAAGGAAUUUAGGGGCAUCACAAUCUCUUGGCUAAUGGUCCCACAAAGCUUAUUUUUCUAUGACUGUAAAUUUAUUUGUAGUUCCUAAAAUCAGCAAAGAUCUCUCAGUUGUAAGGAUAAUUUUGUAAGUAGCAAAUCAUCACACAUGCAAUAGUAUGUAGGUUUUCUUUUUUUCUCUCUCUCUAGACAGUAAAGUGUCAAGUGCCCUUGGAUAUCACAUUCCAAUGAUAUUAAGAGCAGUAAAAAAUUUUCCUUGAGAGGUGUACCUAUAAGAAAUCUCUCUCUUUGUCAGAAUGAUAUGAAAAUGACAUUCUGAAGAUUUGCGUGGUUCUAUUAACUUUUACGCUCUUUAAGUAUCUAAUAUUUUAACUCCUAGUUGAGUGUCAAUCUCAAUCCAUGAGGAGGUUCUUUCUUGGAACAUACUUAAGACAGCCCAAUCUAAUUUGCAAGAGCUUUGCACAAGGAUCAAAGAUACAUGUCAAGUGUAAGCUGUGCAUCCUUGUCAAUCGAGCAUAACGUACCAGAGUUUAUUUUCUGAAAUCAAAAAUUCUCCCCGCAUAUUAAUUUAGUUUCAAUGACGAACUCCUCCAUUAUGUUGAUUUUUGUAAAUAAAUGUGUAAAUAAGUUGAAUUAGGCAUUUUAUUUACAGGGAAAAUUUAACGUCAUAACUUCUUUGCCUCCCGUUCUGUACUGGUUUGUACAUCAUUGUGUAAACUUGUUUUUUAAAAACACAUUAUCUUCUUCCCCAAAAUGAAAAAUUUUACCCAAAAAGAAAGAGUGAUCGAAGUGUAAUGUAAUUUACUUUGUUGUUUUAUCUCGCUAGAUUUAGGUGUUAUGUGCUAGAAAAUAAUUUUAUUUUUUUACGGAUGUUUCGAGCUUUGCGAAUUGAAGAAACUUUUAAAGUUGAUGAGUGAAGAUUUUGCUGUUUUGUUUUUUUAAACGAUUUUUGAUGAAAUAGAGGGUAUCCCUACUAAAAAACUUUGCAUAGCAAAAUGGUUUAAAGGAAGUGAGUAUUUUCAAAUUUGAACUUUAAGAGGGUCCAACUUGUUACUUUAAAGAAAAAUUUGUUUUUAAAUGAUUUUUUCCAGAUUGUUGAUCAUUCUUUUAUUGUGGAUGCGUAGAAAUUUGUCAUUAAUUUUCAAAUUUAAUCAAUGAAUUUUCUCCCUUUAACGAAAUGCCUCAUUCUUUUAUUUUACAUUGUUUUUCUUGAUCCAAUCUAUCAGAUUGAUGUGCUUUUUUUCCAACUAAUCUAAGGGCUCUUUGCAAUUCUUUUUGUCUUUCCUUUUGCGGAAAGAAAGUUGAAUCAGCCUCUCAGUUGUGUCGUAUUGAUACAUAAGUUCCUUUUGUGGAAGCAGCAAAAUUUGCUCAUAAGAAGUAUAUAAAGAAAUGAAACUAACAAUACAAUUAAAAGUCAUUUAUCUCCUCUGGAAUGUACCUAAAUUACUCCAGUUUUUCUUCUUAAUAUGAGUUUGUCUUUUAUUAUUUCUAGCUACUCUCUCCAAUCUAUAAUUCUUGAAUAUUUAAACACCAGGGAACUUGCUGUAGAUCAACUAAUUAUCAGCAUUCUUACUUCUCAUUUUGUAAGCAUUCUAUCUCGAGGAUAAUUUUUUUUUCCAUUUUAUACUCAGAAUUUUAUACUCUCCUGUCAUUUAAUCGUUUGAAGUCCCCCUCCUUUGAAGAAGACUAUUUAAUCUUGACUAAAACUCAAAUUCAUCUUGCGCUUACCAUAUAUUUAUGAUAAAUUUAGAUCAUAUGUCUCAAGAUUUUUUCAAAAUAGGAGGCAAAUAGCAAGAGCAUAAGUUGACCUGAGACAGCUACUUUCUUUUUAUCUUCUUGUAAAUAUUCCUCUCUUUUUAUAUGUGCCUGUUCAGUGCCAUGUCUUUAUUUUUGUUAUCUGAUUCAUCAGAACCUUAGAUUGAUAAGUUUCCUGCUUUUUCUUCUUCUUUUUCCGUUCUAUAGUCAUGAAAGAAUAGGAUACCUAGAGUCAAACUGCUUUCUCAUCUAGUCACAAUUUAUCUUAAAUCGCUAAAAAAUUUUGUUUUUCAGUUAUCGGGAAUUGAUUUUUACGAAGAGAUGACUAUUUUAUUACACUGUUGAUGCUAGAUAUCAUAUGUUUAUUAACUGAAAUUUUGCUGUUAUAUUUUAUGUGCAUUUACGGAAAAUAUAUAUGAGUAUGAAUUCAUGAUAAAA